GAGUCCACGCUCCUGUUCGCAGCCUGACAGCUGCAGCUGUGGUGGUCGCGGUCGGCCAGUGUUGACAGAAGGGCAGCAUGAGACCUCUCUCUGCUCGGAUCAUGACAGCAUGGGGAUGUUUGGUGGAAAGUACAGUUUGACAGCUCACUCAGAGAAAAGGUAAAUGAAAAACUCUCUUAUUCCGCUUUAAAAACAGUUUGUCACUUACUUUAAAAAGUCUAAUUAUUGCGGCUUUUCAUGAGGCUUCACUUUGACGUGGUUCUGAUGUGGUCACUCAGGAUGUGAUGCGGUUUACAAAAAAGGUGGGAAUCAUUAAUGAAGGUGCAAUGACACAAAUUCAGCUUUUAUCAGCUGAACUUUCGUAUCUCAAGAAAGAUCAGGAGACCCCAGAAACAUUAAAGCUAUCUCUUUUUAUUAAAAAGUAGAGGUUUCAGACAGAAAAAAAAGUUUUAUUCUCGAAAACCGGAUUAAAUCGCCGUGAAGAAGGAAUAUGCGCUACAAGAAGUGAACCAGUAUUUUAAAUGUAUAUUGUGUUUUAUAGGGGGCUUUGGAGUGUAUCAUUGAGGAUGAAUGCAGGUUGAGGGGAAGGUCACACCCUCAGCUGGCUGCCUGCCCGCUUCUAAAGUUGCAAUUCUGAGUAACAUAUGAAUAGAAAUAGACACAGAAUAGAGUUGAAAAUAGUACCACGGUGGUUAUAUUUUCUAAAACAACAGAUGGUCUAUGAGUUCUUAGUCAUAAAGUGGGACCACUGUGUCAAGAGAGGGUUAAAAGGCAUUGAUACGUGACAGUGCACAUUCAUAAGUCAUUUACUGGACGCAGAAGGGUCCAUGCCAUUAGGCUAAUUCUACAGUCAUAUUAAAGCAGCAGUAUUUAACUUUUAAUAUAACUGAGGUGCAGUUUUAUGAAACUUUAACAUCAUCAUAAAUAAAGCGCAGUAUAACUAUAAACCCUAAAGCCUUAAAUAUCACAGAGGUUUCUCUCAUUUAAAUCACAGUUGAAUUCAAUGGUUAAACCGUUAAAAACAAACAAAAUAAAACAGUGUGAAGUUUUUGAGAAAAGUGACUUUAUUUAUAGAAAUAGUCACAGCUCCUAAAGUCCAAAAGAGUGCCAUUUAUAAUGUACACAUAAUAUCGUUUCUCAUGGGAACAGGCUAUAAUCCUCUCUGCACAUGUUGUUGUCACAUGAAAUAAAGUGUGCACAAUAUAAUAAUUUUGUAUGCAUGAGGUUUUCAAAAAGAACUAUUCCAAGAUUUUACUAAAAUCUCUUGCUCUCAUCAUAAAAUAAAAAAAGUGCUUUUCAGGUGUUCCAGAAGAAGAACAGCGUCAGUCUUGAGAGCAUGUUGUGAAUAACUCCACAUGUUUAGAGCAUGAAUGCCACAGGUGGAUUAUCCAAGCGUAAAGAUUUUUACUGUCACUCCUUAGACAGACUGUCGCAGCUUGAAACAAACAAAACUUUCUGAAUCAAACACAGGGAAUCUGAUAAAGUGGAUGUUUAUUUUGUCUUUUUCACAUUUGGUUGACUUUUAAAACAACCAAUUCAACAGAAAUGAUGGAGCGUACAUGAGUGUAGAGAAACACAAGGCUCUCCUGAACCUGUUCUCAGCAGUCUAUAUGUGCUGCUGAGUGCUUUAAAUGACUCAGUGAAUUUGCAUGUGUCCUUGGUGAUUUUCAUUCACUUUAAAUGCACAAUGACAAACCACCUAGACAACCUGCUUUGACUUCCUGGAAGUUUUUUAAUGCCUCUUGAUACAUUUAGAAAGGUAAAAUCCUAAAUGCUGUUUAUUUGUUUAUGAAUUGUCAUUCCUCAGUUGUCACUCUCUGUAAUGGAGACACCCUCACUAAUGUUAUCCUAAUGCCACCUAAGCCUCAUAGCUGCCUCUGCAAUAUUUGCCGUGCAGCUUUGAUUACACCCGCUGAGGCUAUUUCCAUGUCUGCUUUGUGUGUCUCUAUCUGUGACUGGCUCCAUUUCAGCUGAGUGUCUUCAGGAACACCCUUUUUCACUCGCUAUCUAAUGUUGCCAAGUUGUAAUCCUCACACCCAAGACAUUGAUCUCAGACCAGCUCCUUACUGUACCACACACCCUUUAGCAUGAAUCUGCCCGUGGGAAACUUUCACCCUUGUCCCACCGUCCAUCCAGCAUGUCUUUGACCAGAACAGUCUGCUCUUGUCCCACAGCUAUCAGUGUAUUAAUAGACUCUCUGGCUGCUACUUAGGUCCCUAACCCCCCACCUCGCUCUCUACUCAUCCCCCCUUUUCAUAACACAAACAAGCCAACGUGCCCCCUCAUCCUGUGAAAAAACGCGUGGUUAUUUUAGGCUCAGUGGCAGAUAACUCACACGUUUGGGUUGCACACCAACAAAUGCAAGGGUGCAGGGUUUGAAGCUAGUUGCUGGCAGUGUGUCCAAUUAGCACAAUCGUAUUAUCAGACUUGAUUAGAUUUUAAAUCAAAUUCAUUUUUUAAGUGUUGUAUUUGUUUUAUUUGAACAAUGCUGUGGAUUUGAUUUUGUUGUCCUUCUAAAAAGGUAACAAAGCUGUUAGUGCCGACCUGGACUUGAUAUUUUAACCCAUAGUCUUUCUUUUCUAAGAUUUAGUCAAGAUGUUUUGGAGCUGGAACCAAAUCUCUAAAGAGAAAUUCAAGAUAAACAGAUAAUCCAUGAGGGGAGGAGAAGAUGUUUGGAGUUGUAAACAUCCUGGUUUCCUUUUAGACCAUAUGGUUGUGUUGAUUAAUAUUUCAGCAGGAAUUGAUUGAACGCGGGGAAACAAUCAAAAAGAGCAAAAUCAGUGAGCAGAAAUCCAAAACCACUGGCGCCCAGUGGUUAUUAAGUAAGGAGCACUUACCCUGACUUGUAGAAGUACAGUGGGGGGUCUUGACCGUUGUUUGAAUGUCACUCUUGAAGCUAAUUUUAAGAGAAAAACACUAGGAUUGUUAUUUUAAAAUUUGUUUUCUCUUAUCUUACACAUGGGACUCUACAGUACCAUGCUAGAAUUGAAUGCUGGAUGACUUACAAUAUGGUAUAAUUCAAUAUGAUACAACCAGGCAUAUGUCAGAUGACUCAUGGUAUGAUAGGACACAAUACAGUAGAAUACAAUAUGAUGCAGUACAAUACAAUAUGUUACGAUACUACAUGAUUCGAUAGGAUAUGAUACAUUUGCGCAAAUGCCAAGUGACUCACGGUACCAUACAAUACAAUAUAAGACGAUAGCAUACACAACAUUAUUGAACAUGAUACAACAAUAUAAAAUAUAGGAUAUAUGGUCCACAGUGAAGAUAAGUUGAUUAAUGAAUGUAUUUUUUUGCAUUUUAAUACAUGUUUGUGGUCUGCUGAUAACAUUUACAGAACAACAGUAAAUUACAGUUCAUAAAGAUUUUUCAAAAUAAAAGCCUCAUUUGAAGUAAAAACAUUUCAGUGCUUGUUAGGUAAAAGCAAUUUAACAAUUUGAAACAAACUUGUUUUAUUAACCUGCAUGACUUUACCCAUAACAACUACAGACCAGUACAUCAUUAGUUACUACAAAGAGGUCCUUCUCAGUGAGCAUCUGUUUGUUCAAAGCCUUCAGUGUGCUUUAAGUGUUAUAUAUCAUGCUAGUUUAGUGCACAGGAUGGGCUUCGAUUGUCAUGUCAUGUAGUCUCACAUGGUCCAAACAUAUGUGAGUGAACUCUUUUCUUUACCUUUUCUCUGGUCCAAGCAGAAAAAGGCAGAAAAACAUUUUCUUUCUUCUUUUUUUGGAUUCAAAAAUGUUGGGUGGAUCUCUGAGCAUCUCUCUGCUAUCUGACUACCUGCUGUCUUCUUCUGGUGUUAUUUUUGGUCAAUUAAUUUUCUGAUCAUAUUACUAAGAAUAUUUAAGACACUCUGAGUCAAACUGAUGGAAUCAGAUGAAAUCUUAUAUUUUAAUUUUUCUAUUAAAAUAUAAAAAUUGGCUCAAGCCUGGAUGACAGUGACAUUUCUUUUUGCACCCCAUGAUUGAAGAGUGUUGAAAUGUGUGUUUGAAUUUUAUGACAAGUGGAAAAAAGAGACUGAACACAUUUUAUUCUCAGGGAGAAACCAAGGACAGACCUCAGCGGGUGAAAAAAGACGUGAUUUGUAGUUAGAUUCAAAGUAGAUGCUUUAGUGAUGAAUGCAGUGUCAGGCUGACCAUAUCUCAGAGCUGUGUCGGGUUGUCUUGACUCCCACAUUAAUUGAUAAGUGGGGGAGAGCACAUUAAGCAUGCUAGUGGCAUAGUUAAUGUUGUGUUGAUCUUAUUUUCUCUCUCUGUAGCCUGCGGGCAUCCGCACUCAGCUGUCUGCUGGGAGAGCGUGCGUUUUAUUACAGAGGAGUCCAGGGGACGAGGGGGUGUUUAUAUCAUGGUUUGACCAUCAUGUCCAGGGAGCAAUGCCUCUAUUUUCUCUCCUCCUUUGCCUGUUCUGCUUUUAUUGCCCCAGAGACAAGAAAAUACAAGCAAAAAUCAAAGAUCCCACAUGGCAAAGCUCCAAACCGGAGGAGCUAUUUUUGGGUCCAGCUAUGGGAAAGUAACCAGGUCCUUGAUCACUCGAACAUGGGGAACUCUGCUGCUGUAAAUCCUGGUACUGCUGGUUUUCCUCAGUGGAUCAGACAGCGUUAAGAGUCUGCUUUCUGUAGAGCUCAAGGCUGGGAACUCUGGACUUUAUCACAGGGGAUAUGAGAUGAUUCAGAAAGCGAGACAAAUACAGGAUCUGAAAGGAGGUGAUAGUUUUUCCAGUGAGCUAAGAUGGAGAGGCACUGUACAUCUCUUUAAUGUGGAUUUCUGCAAAUGCAUUUAAGAUAAUUGUUCCUUGAGAGCGCAAUGAAUCCCCUCUCAUUUCAUUACCCCCCUGCCUGCAGGUUUAAGUACCCAGUUUGGCCUGUAACUGAACCUCCUUCUGCUCAUUGCAUAACAGGAUCUUAUGUGUUGACUGGUGUUUGGCUCUAACUGUGCGACCUCUUAACGGUGCCAACUCUCCAUUGGUAAAAUGCUGUUUGUGUAUUCCCUUUAGAUUUAUUAUUCUUUGUUUCAAGAUUUAACCUUGAUUCUUUUUUAAAUGCAUAAAAAGUUAAAUGCAUUUGCCGAUAUGAGGGUCCUAUGGAGGAUUAUAACGCAACUCUUCAAUGGCUUAAGUACUUUUUCAACCCCUUCUAUCAAAUAAGUUUGUUUUUGAAUAUCAAACAUACACAUAGCCCCUUCAUAUAUAUGCAUGCUUUUGGACAUUGCUUACAGCUCAAUCUUUCCACCCUGACCUCAAGCAGGUUUUCCUUCCCAGCUCCUUAAUAAAAAGUCUGAACUAUCAGUGUAAGUUGGUGUGAAGGCAGCAGGUAAUAGUUACACACAUUAUAUUAUAGUUAUACACAUCACAUUAUGCACCAAAGUUGCAUCAUGAUGGCCCAUCGUACUGCAUUCUUGCAAUGCUGUGUAAUAUAAAUAGUUUGCAGUAAGGUUUCCGGGCAAGCCACAUUGCCAGUCUCUGGCUUCAUUUCAUUGUCUGCUUGUUUGUGCGCAAGAAACCAUGGCGACUGAACCUUUAACUAAAUAGGAGCUUAUUAUGACAGAGUUAGAGCUGAUGAAUGUUGGGAAGCAGUUUUUCAAGCUGCAGGUAUUAAAAAUAUUGAAAAUGCAGGAAAUAAUGAUGGCAUCCAGCAGACCAGUCACAUAUCUUGUAGUCUGACUUACAGAAACUGUUUGUUUUCUUUUUAAUGAGUGGUUUCAGUUUUGCUAUCUGGACCGCUGCCAUCCUAAAAUAUACCUGAAAGCGUUCAGGAUAAUCCUGCAGCUCCUCAACAGGUGAAACUCUCUUCACUCUUGCUGUUGGCAACACAUUUGCAGUUGGGUUGGUAACCAGUUCACAUGACCCAAUUGCAUCCAGAUUCGGAAAAAAAAAAAAAUUAAACAUGUUUGAUUGACUGUGACUGAGGUCAGGCCAGGUCUAUUCCCCUCAUACACAACAGGUUUUUGUGCCAACUAGCCAUACCAACAGGGUUGGACUUUGUCCAGCUGAUUGCACGUUUGCAUGCAAACGGAGAAAAACUGUGGAAAAUGGAGAUUUGGGUAGCCGACAGCAGAUUGUGUGCAGGAAAGAAGGAAGGGAUGUUGUUUUUGCUGCUGCUAUGCAGGAUUCUGAUUGGCUAAUGUGGGCUUGAGUGUCUUGCUACACUGCUACCCACAUGUUUGAUAUGCUCUUGACGGCAUAUAUACACAGGUUAGUGUAAACAAAAGCUUUUUUGAAAACACAGUGGUGUGCACGCAGUUUUUUUUUUCUUUUUAAACAGGGAUAUAAUAUGAAACUUGCCAGGCAUGUGUAGAUGUAGUCUGGAAUUGGUGGGUGAAUUUUAGGAAAAAAAUGAUGUAGCGUGUCCUUAGCUUUGAAAUGCAGCUAACGCUGGAGUACUGUGAAAAAUCAUAGGGACGUGAAGCAGGGUAGACAAGGAUCUGACACAGGAAGAUACACGCAAGGUAAUGAACGAUGCAAAACAGGUGAGGCAGUGAAGCUCAGGUGCAGACAGUCCCAAGGGAGGGAAAACACAGGAAGUAAAAGUAGACCAGAUAUUCAAGGAGGAGGAACUACAAAAUAAAACAGGACCCAGUUUGAUCUUGGCAUCUAGUUUUGGAUGUUAAAACUCGUUUCACAUGCCAGACCUUUGAGGAGGUUCUGUUUUACUGUCAUUCCUGACCUCUCAGUGUCUAGCAGAUAUUUUGUGUUUUCAUAUUAAAAGCCUGUGAGGAUGUUAUUUGUGUCCCCUCACUAUGAAAGUCCCCUCCAUGUCCCUUUGUUUAUGUGUAACAAUGGCUUAUUUUUAACCCGUUGGCCUGUUUAGAAGUGGAGAGGGGAGAGGAGGAGGAAGUGGUUGCAGGAUGACAGAGGAAGAUAAUAGCAGCCUCCUCAGCCUUCAUCCUUCCUCUGUCCUCCUUCACACACUGACAUACAUACACACACAAACACACACACACACACACUCACACUCCUGGGGUUUGUGUUGAUUUUUGCGUCUCUGCAGGAAUAUAAAUCUAUGUGAGCAGCAGACACACACAAACACAAAACAACCGAUACACUCUUUACUUGUCCUUUAUAAGAAGAGGCUCAGACAGUUUGACCUUCUAGAAAGUAUUAGAGAGUACUGGAGGAAGCUUUAGUCAUGAUUCAGUGCUAAACUUUGGAUGAACCACAUGGUGUCCUUGAGCAACUGAAUGAACCAAAACCGCACAUUUUGCUGCUUUCUCAUCUGAAAUCCGUCCUCAAAUAAACUCUGAUUGAAGUCGACUGUAUAGCUUUGAAGAAAAGUGUGAGGUCAAAACACAUUUAAGAGUCCGCCUGGAGGUAAAUUCAGAGUGAAAACAAAUGAAAUGUAUGCACCCAAGCAAGAGUCUGUGUAGGCUUUAAGACUAGGGUGGCCCAUCUGUAGCGCUUAGUUGUGUAGAGACAGGAUAAAGCGUUUAUACAUUCAAGAAUCAACAGCAUUUCAGUCAAGUUUACAAAACUCUUCUUGGCUUCGUCUCCUCUCAUUUAUGUAAAUACCCUCAAUACCACUGAGCACCUAAAAGCCUCUGAAAAGGCUCAAACCCUAAAAAACUAACACAAAAGCAACAAGCCUUCUGAGUGAAAUUCUCAAAGGGAUACAGAAAGUCUUAAGUUUGAGUCAGGUAUUAAGUUUAUUUAUAGUGAAUAAGAGUUUCAUUAAAUUUAACAUUUAAAAGAAACAGUUUCAUGUAAACAGCCAUUUUGUGAUAGAGUUUGUACGCAGUUUUUGUUGAACUGAUUUCUUUCUUUCCCAUUUGAAUUGCUAAUACAAGAAAAUGUGGUGCAUUUAAAUGCAGAAUAUCUACCGCUGUUUAACACAGUCCAAACUGUGUAAUUUAACUCAAGUCCUCACAAGCCAAAUAGCCAAUUAUAGUUCAGGAUUUUGGAGCAGCACCUGAGGCGGGUAUUAAGAUGUUAUGGUGGCAUGGGUCCAUCUGCAAUGGUCCUGGUUUUUAGCCAGGCAAAGUCAGAUGACUUCUUGAUAGUACUCUGGAUACAAAUAAUUGAACUAGUAGCUGGGUCUUCCCCUGAGUGUUUCCAUAUUUUGAUUCUACUUCACACUUAAACUCUACAUCCUUUUUUUUUCAUGCCUGUUGUCAUUGUAGUUGCUGUUAUUUCUCCCUCACCCCAUCAAUCAUCCUGCAUUAUCUUCUGACCCCUUUGACCCGACCCUCAGACAGGCCACUACUGGACUGAACUGUGUCCAAAGUAGAUAAACAAACUAAGGUAUGACGGUAAAAUGCCGCAGACACAUUGUGACAUCAAGAAAAUCAAUCCAAUAAUGCCAUAUAAGAAUCAGACUCAAGCAAAACUUUGAUUCAGAGUCAGAAUUUUCACUUAGUUCUAUACAUGUAGUUCAUGUAUAGAACUAAAUAAGUUUUGCAGAAACUUUAUAAGUAUCCUCCAAUAACAUUUUCCUGUUCCUGGAUCUUCAUCAUAUGGGUAGUGUACAGGUAUGGCUUCUUCUGGAGCACUUGUGUCGUUUAUUACUUUGUUUUCCACCUCUGCAUCCAGCUUCUCCCCCACAACAUUCAGGCAGUCAGCCAAUCAGCAAAGUACCUAAUGGCCAUUGUAUCCCCGCCCUUAUAGAUCAAAUUCUGUUUGGAAACUGAGAGGCUGCAGACGCUCCCUCCAAAGAGGCUGAUUUUUAUUUUUAUUUUUUUGCAACAAGAUUCAAAACCUGAUUCAAAGACGACUGGAACAUGUUGUAAACAGAUAAAAAUACCACUAUACCGGACCUUUUACUUCAUACAAACAUGCAGCAUUUAAAGCAGAAAUACACUUCUCUGUGUUUUGAACUGGUUGAGCUAAACAGUGAAUUUGUCUGAAUCUUCUCAUGGUACAUCUAGUUCUUGCUAAUCAUCAUAUUUAUUCUUCGCAGUCUAGUAGGUGAUUUUGAGCCUGCAGAGAAAACAAAAUCCAUUUUUUUCUAACAGCAACAGCUUCUGGCAUAUCAUAAUAACCAUAGAAAUGUGUACUUUUAUCAGUCAGUUCUCUGCGUUACCAUGAGCAGUUUGAAAGAGAUUCAGCUCGACAUUUAAAUGAAGCCAAAGCGUACUUUUUCUCUUUUUGUGUCAGCUCUGGAAUAACUGUGUCGGCUGUGCUGCUUCUCCCUGUUUUUGAGUGCCUGCUUUUUUAUCUUAUCUCUUUAAAACACUGUCUGCUGCAGAACAGCACUCUGGUGCGGUUCAUUUAAGUCCUCAUUGUUUUAGUUUAGUUAUGUUUAUCAGCAAUUAUGGGAGCUUAUUUUCUAAUUCAUUUUUGACAGCAGCAGAGGAGCUUCAGACAGGUAUUGAAACUGGUUUUCACCCAUUUUCAUGUAACAUUUACACUUCAUGUCCAGGGUUUUUGCACUGUUCUUCCUCAGGCAUUUGUUUUAUCUGGGUCUGGAUUUUCUCAAGACAAAUGCAGCAUUUCUCUAAAGUGAUUUGAUUCAAUUACUUUGCCACUCAAGUUUCCAUUUCCCCAUGCGCAGUAUCAAUCUACUCGAUCCAGCAGGAAAUGCAGGCUGGAAAUAGUUCAUAUUUAACGAUAGACACACUCACACGCAGCUUAUCUCUAACUGUCAGACUUUUUUUAAAAUGCUGCAAGAAAUAAUGACUGCUUGAGGGAAAUUUUCUGUUUACAUCAUCACAACAUCUGCAAACCAUUCGUCGGACUAUGGUGGCCAAUUCAACAGAAUCUGGUGUUGCAACGCAGUGAUUUUUAGAUUUCCCAUCAUUUUUUCUGAUGACCUCUGACCCCAUGAGACCAGCAUGACUAUUACAGUGAGGUUGGAGGAUGUGGAGAGUUAAACAUUCUCUAAAGACUUACUUAUGUGAUCAAAAGGACUGAAUUAAAAACAAAUCCCUAAGAACUCUUAAAUAUAUGUGUUUGGCAUCAGCAGUGGAGUUUUUUUGAGGAGUUUCUGGAGAAAUUAUGUCUUUGCUGUGAUUACAUGAGAAAAAAAAACAGUCUCAUGAGGUUGCAAACUCCCUAAAGACGGUAUGUGGACUUUUUUCUGCCAGCCUCCUGGUGAAUUUUCUGCAUGAAAGCUGAUGUAAAUUAGGUCUGUUCCAAAGCAUUUUGGGCCAUUACAAGUAAUUCUAAUGCCAACUAGUGAAGAUGACAAUGUCUAGUUCAGCUGAAUAAGCAUGCACAUCCUCUGUAAAAGUGCUGCAGGUAAAAGUGAGACAUUCCCUGCAAGUUUGUAACCGAUGCAGUGUUCAUGAACAUGACGAAAAUGUACUUUUUAAUUUACUUUAACCCGUUCUUUCUCUUGAAUGUCUUAUAAACAUGUUGUGCACUAUCCUUUUAAGACCAUGUCCUGCCUUCCUCAGACAGGUAAAACUUUACACUGGUUUGAAUAAGUGACUUUGGAAAAUGGCAGAGGCAGACUCUCCUGAAAUUUUCUAGGAAUUUUCUUGCGUAAAUCUGCAAAAAAAGCUUUUCAGGUCUUAUUUGAAUGCUGUGAAAAUCCUCACAGGCUUUCCCGCUAACGCCUACACAUCUCAAGUCUGAAGUGGAAAAUGACCAUUACCCCAAUGCUCUCUUUGUCUCUUUGGGCAUUCUGGGAAAUGUAGGAUGUCAUUAGCAGAUGAAGAUGCAGGUCGACAGAAGGGUGGGCGUUAAAAUAAUUACAGCAGCUUGUCAAUUAAGUUUGAUCAUGUUUGAAUAUGAGAGAUGAAAGGAUGAAUGCAUAAACAAAUAGCUGUCAAUCUUUUAUUAAAGUAUGGAUUUUGUUCUUAUAUUGAGAUGUUUUGUUUGCAGGAGGGUCGAGUCUGUGCAGGACUUUGUCAAAGUGAUCCUCUCUAGAGAAGUGCAGUUUGCAUUUUAACAUAAUAGAUGUGCUAAUUUGCACUUCAUCACUACAGAUGAAUCUUGCGUUUAUGUUUCACUGUGGGAAAGGAUGUGAAUAUCACUAUUUAUUUGCAUGUGUGUUUUUCAUUUAUCAAAAUCACCUGCAGGAUCAUUAUAUUAACCUCAAAACUUCCCACAGUUCAGCUUCAUUUGAACAAACGACUGAGUUUCAGCAUCCGCAGUUCACCCAUCUCCUCUAAUGAUGACUCACUCUGCCUUUCACUACCUUCCUCUCUUCAUAUAUUCAGUUUUCCUCGGUUUAAAAUGUCUCUAAAAUCUUUUUAUUGGGUUAUUUACCCCGGUGUGUGAUGAUCCAGCACACAGCAGCUUUAAGGCCUUCUCGUUUGCAGAUGAAAACAACAAGGAGGCGUCUUUAUGUGAUGCAAUGCGAAGUCAGCAGAGAGCAAUUGAUUGUUUUUCUCUCCAAGCUGGGUGAGGCUUUAUUGCUCUCUGUUUCUGUUUAAGCUGAGGAGAUGUGUUUAAUUUCCUCAGAGGUUUGCCUCCUUCUGAAGGCUCUUAAAAGAAACCUGAACCUCAAACUAAAGUCUUUAUGGUCUUUGUUUCAGCUCUUCAUGGCCCUCUGGAAAGCGAGCUCAUGUGAUCAUAAAUUCUAUGGUUUUAUAUUUUUUCUUGAGCAAUAGGAAGGAUCUGUUCAGUCUUAGUGGGUUCUUGUUUCUUUGCGAACAGUUUUGCUGCCUAUUUUUGUAAUUUGUGUGUAUCUGACAGAGUCAUUAUAGUGAUUAUCGUGAGUUUGUCGCUAGGUGUGUUUGAUUUGUGCCUACAAAAGGCGUUCAUUCAUCAGAAACAUCUCUGGAUGCUUCAGUUGCCAAGAGACACGGCUGCAGCUUCCUCAGUUGUAAACAUACAGUCAGCAGCAGCAGCUUUGACAGCGGGCUGUUUCAUACUCACAGUACGAGGUCUGAUGGGUUUUGUUUAAAGCUGUGUGUUAAUAUUUAAAAUUAGAGCCACAAAUGAUCAUUUUUAUGUCUUGUUUUAAGCUUGUAUGCAUACUUUAUUCCUAGCAACGAUGUUUUUGCAGCUGUUUCCAGACAAAUACAGCGUUCCAGUUUGGCCAUGAACGCUCUCAGAUCAUCCAAACACACCAGAGAAAGAAAUCCUUUAAAGGAAUUUACUGAACUAUCAGGGGAUAAAUCAUUGGACAUUAACUACUCCUCCUGCUUUAUUUCCAGAUCAUUGUUAUUACUUAAACUCAAGCAGAAAGUAUGAAAAAGCUUUACAAUCUCAAACCUAAGUAAUGCUGCAGGGUGAGUGUGAAACCAUAGGCUGAAGUCAUGAUAGAGGGUUUAGAAGAUGCUUUUUGCAUAUGUAGAUAAAUCCCUCCAGACAUGUGAACAGCUUUGAUGAUUAAAAUCAGUGACGUCCUCUCUGAAAGUGAUGUACAUCUGGGAAUUUUUGACAUUUACUGGAUUUAGAUGAGCAUAUUAGCCUCUAUGGGUAUGUUAGUCAUGAACAGAGGUGUGAACAGGCACCAAAAUGGCAUGUUUCUGUCUUAGGGUGAGUCAGGCAGCAGUCUGUUGCACAGUACGAUCCUGCGAUUCAACAGGUGCAUCAGUGAGAUAUGAAGAAGGCUGCAAAAGUCCACAGCAUGAAUUCUCUUGCAUUUCAUGCUCAGGCACUUUCUGCUAUUCAGAGUGUUUGUUUACAAUACAUACAUUAACAUAACUCAUGCAGAGACCAGUGUUUUCUGUGAUUUUUUAGGGUAGAUAAAGGAGGAAAGUCAAAUGAGUGUGUUUAAAGGCUGAAAUCUGCUGUCUAAAUAGCAAUACACAAACCUGAAAGCAUGUCACAUCUAAAACACACCCGUAAAAUAUCUGUCAUGAACCAAAACACAGACUGGAGGACACAAUGGCACAGCACCAAUUCACUUUGUCAAACAGACAGGGUUUAAUGAAGUUCAGGCAAAGGUCGGUACACGAAAAGGCAGUCAUGUCAGGCAGAGGUAUCAAAAAUGUGAAGCACAAAGGCAAGGUCCGAAAAGGCAGGCAAAGGUAGCUAUGAUUAAAUGCUGGAACGAGACAAGAAGUGCAACGAACUGGGGACGAGACGGUGAGACAUACAAGCUAAAAUACAAGUGCUAACGAGAGUGAUUGAAAACAGGUGGGGAGACACAAUCAGGCGACAGGUGUGACAAGAUGGGGGCAGGGCAGACCAGACAGGAACAGCUCUAAAGGACAGAAACAAGGGUUAGUGAUUUACAAAAUAAAACAGAGAAUGCAAAACAUGAAACAAAGCAUGAACUGGAUUUAGAUGAGCAUAUUAGCCUCCAUGGGUGUGUUAGUGAUUUACAAAAUAAAACAGAGGAUGCAAAACAUGAAACAAAGCAUGAAAGUAGGGCUGGGCGAUAAAAUGAAAAUGAUUUCACUCGAUAUCAGUAUGAAACAUGGUCAAUAUGCUUUUCGAUAGUCAGCAUUCUGCCAUGUUUUGGUAGACUAUACGAAUAGCCAAUGAAAAAGGGAGUUGCUCCUGGUGUUCAACUCCCCUUGUGAACCGCCCAUUCAGUUCGCUUUCUCUUGCGCAACACCUUACGACAAAACAUCAAAGAGACCUAAAGACCUCACAAAUGCAGUAGUUUAUUGUAUUGCAAAAGACACGCUACCAAUAAGCACUGUUAAAUUUCCUUUUUUAGAUCGUGAUAUAUAUUGAUAUCGACUGAUUUGAAAAAACUAUGUAUUGUGAUAAACUUUUUCCCAUAUCACCCAGCCCUACAUGAAUGUGCAGAAAUAAAGGGAACUUUACUGACAUGAAUGUACUGAAAAAUAAAAAAGAAACUUGACCGACAAGAAAAUAUUAGCCUGCAGCUCAUUUUACUCCCAGAUUGUGCGCUGCUUAACUAGCAAAAUAAGGUGUAAUACCCUAAUUCAUCUUGUACCAUGUGCUCUUUUCCUUUUACUGUAAAUCCUUUUACUCUUACAGAUCUGUCACUCUUUCACUCUAACUUUAAAAAGUAUAUCAAUGUGUUUUUUUAGCCUUAAUUAUGACUCCUCUUUAGCUCACAUCUCCCUCAUGUCCCCCCUGUGUGUAAACACUAAAGAUGAAUACAUCACUCACAUGCAUCUUGAAAAGGAGUCACAUAAAUGCAGACUUCAUAUAAACACACAGACCCUCUUGGAUCAACAUUUACGAUCACAGAGUUAUUUUUAAUCAUUGACAGUUGAAAUUUAUGUGUUACCCCAGUUGGUACAGACUGUUUUUUUGUCUGUAAUUUUUCCCCGUCCCUCAUGGUCAGAGCUCUUGUUUUUCUUUCUGUUAUUGUUGGAUGAAGACAAAGAUAAAACAAAGUACUUGGCUACUGUUCACAGACAGUUUGUUCACAUGGAGUGUUUGUAACAUGGCGUACAGCGAUCACUGCCAAAGUAUUAAUGUAUGAGUGUGUUAGUGUGAUAGUGUGUGUUAGUGUGUCUGAGGAUAUUCAAUGUUCUGAUGGGGGAAAAUGCAUUGUUCGAGUAAACUGUGUACAUAACCAACAGAAAGGCCGUCAUUGUUUGGUUCUUAUUGACUGAUAAUGUGAUGAUAAAUGUCUGUUUGUUUUUGCGAAUGGUUAGCGUCACUGACAGAGGUUUAGGGAGGAGAAGAUGUCAAAGUACUGUGUGAAAGUCAAGAACCACUAUUACUUGGACUAUCUCAGACCCUCCCUUCAGUGCUGGAUGUCUAGAAAACUUUUUUAACACUUUUACUGCCGGUGUUGUAACAUCAGACAGUCUGUGAAGCACAUUACUGCUGCGUUGGGAUCCUCAGAGAGGAAACAAUUUAAAGAUCAAAUGAAAAGAUUCAUUGCACAAGGCCAGUUUGCAGUGUUUCAGUGGAUUUUGACUUUGGACAGGAGAAUAGACCCUGAGGAGAGCAGAAAAGGCAGAUCACUGUGCUCAUAAUGCAAUCCGGGAGCCUAUACCUUUAGUCACCUGGCUUUAUGCAGCUGUAAUUGCUCUCCAUUAGCAGAUGUGUGCAUGCAUCAGCUGCUAAAACCCCCUCUUAGCCACAGAAGCUAUAACAUCAUCAGUUGGUUCAGGCAGAAACCUUGAGCAUAACCAGACUCCUGUAAGACAGGACUGUAAGACUGAUAUUAUUGGGUUCAGAGAGGGGAUAGAGGGAGAUGCAGAAAGAGAGAGAUGGACAGAGGUGAGACUGAUGCAAUGAGUUGAAGCAGCUGGAAGGCAGGCAGGUCCACAGUAGGAAAAUUUCUGCAGCAGUGAUCCAGAGGAACCUACAGCAUGAUAGAGCUCAGGGACUCCUGGUCCAGCUGGUCCAGACCUGAAUUAGCUCUAACGAUGAGAUUCAUCAAAGAGGAAUAUUCUAAUCAGACUCUUGAAGGUAUAGGGAGUGUCUUCUACUGGUUCUGGUCAGUACUAGAAGUUAUUUUGACUUCACUGCACUACUGCAAUACAAAUGUUUUGAUAUUAGGCUUUGUGUUGCAAGGUAAACUGUAUACAACCUGUGUAAAAUGCUUCCCUGGUGUGAAGCCAGUACACAAAAUCACUGCACAUUCUGUACUGAUGUACACAUUAUUAAUGGAGCACAUUGUGUCAGUUUUAGAGUUUUGCAUUUUUUGACUGAAGAGAGGCUGAAGGAGAGUCCAGGUCAACAGAGUCUCUGCCACUUUCAUCUACAGAAAGGGCCAGAGCCGCCUCUUUUGCCUGAGAAGACUCCGAUCAAUAGACAUCUGUUGUUGCAGAUGUUUUAUCAGUCUGUGGUGGCAAGUGUUCUGUUCUAUGCUGCAGUCUGCUGGGGAGGAAGCAUCAAACACAAAGAUGCAAGACGUCUUAACAAACUGGUGAAAAAGGCUCUGUGGUUGGACUCAAGCUGGAAUCAGUGGAGAGAUCUACACUGAGGAAGGUGGAGACUAUUCUAAAGAGCAUGGAUCACCCACUUCACAACACCUUGAUGGACCAAAGGGCCAAUGGUGGUGGACGGCUCCUCUCUCUUCACUGCAGGACAGAAAGAUUCAGAAGAUCUUUUGUACCAACAGCCAUCAGGCUUUAUAACUCUUGUGUAAAUAGUAGAUAACUGUUGGAGACAUAUUAUGUGAGACAACAGACAAUUGAAUUUCCCUUUGGGGAUUAAUAAAGUUCUUCUUAUUCUUAUUCUUAAAUAGAGUGGAAAUUUCCCGAAACCCCUACAUCCCUGAUAUACAUGAUGCGUAUUUCCUCUUUUAUUUCUCCUUCUGUAAAAGACAAAAUCUCCCUGUUACUCCAAACUCAGGGGACAGUUUCAUGGUAGUAAAUCUGAUCUGACACUGACCUCAGAUAUCUGCAAGUUUAUCUCUAAGAUGCAAAUGUCUCACCAAAACAAUUACUAAAGUUUUCUGUUACGGCUGAAAGAUGAUUGUUUGCAUGAUUCUAAAAUCAUUGAAAAAGAGGUGAGGAUGACUCUUUUUUUCUGCUUUAAUGGUUUUACAGACCUAACUGACUUCCUGUGACUCCUGGACUAAAUUAUUACACCCACUGCAGGGAACUCGCUGCCCUUUAGCCUAGCACAGCCAAACAUAAUAACAAACACACAUCUGUAACUGUGACCCUGAGUGGACAGUGGAGGGGAAUGACUGUAGGAGUAUGAACUUCCUGUCUCAGUACAUGAGAAAAUACAUGCACUGUCAGUGAACACACAUAAACACACAUACAGGCACUUACACAAAUGACUUGCAUUGAAUUUACGAGAGGGGGUUUGCAAGUUUCCUCAGUUGAGGAAGGAUUGUGAUGGUGGAUUUGUUUUCAGUCCAAUUGGAUUUACGCCCCAAUGUUAGAUGUUAGUCACACACAACUACCUAUAACCACAUGAGACCCACGCUUUUGUGAAGAUUUUUCUCUAUAUAUAGUCUUAUUGGAUCAUCAUUUUACCGCUUAUUAAAUCCAGAUUAAUAAAGCUAUCUUUUUAAUAGAUAGAAACAAAUUUUCUUCAGUGCAACAACCAGCAAAUGAUAGGCUUCGUAUAAAGGCAUAAGGUAGUAAUAAUAAUAUUUAUCUUGAAAGGGGUAUAAUAUAACUAGUCUGUGAUAAUUAAAGGCAGCUGUGGACUGAUUGUUGUGACCAGAGCAGCAUCAUUUUUGACAUUGCCACAUUAACAUUUUCAGAUAUUCUGCUCAGUAUACAGUCAUUGACUUGCAUAUUUACCUCUUAUUAAAGAGCUAUUGUGCUCUUACUUUAAACACAGCCUCAAUCAGUGAAUAAGCAAAAGUGCAAAUUCUAAAAAAACAAACAAAAUGAAAGCAGGGACAAUAAAAUGUUUCAAUAGAUUUGCAACCUUCAGACAAUAAAGCAAAUGAGGAAAAGGUUUUAUAAGAGCUGUGUUGCCUCUUUGAGCAAAAGCAGGUGUGCAGAUAAUCAUAUUUGAGGACAAAUAUAGAUACAGAAGAAUAUAUUUAAGACAAUAUAUAUAAAUAGUUUCUUGAAUGUCAGAAGUGCAGUUUUGUGGAUCAGUAACAGUUACGUACAUGUUGAAAAAUUUUCUUUAAAAGCCUCAAAUGAUUGCACUGUCUGUUUUUUGUUUGCCUUUCAGAAACAUGUGGAGAACCUUAACUCUCACACUGAUAAUUGUGCUAACUCUGGGUGCAGAGGUGAGUGUGUACUGGUUUGUUGUAAAAGCAUAGCCAUCUUUUAUUUUUUUUAUUUUAGAUAAAUAUUUGCAUUCUAUUUUUUGUGAGGUAAAUAUUGUCUGUGCAUCUCUAAUUCACCAUGUCUUAAUUCCCCUCAGGUGUGUCUGACUGACGAUGAGUGGUCCAUGACGGCUAUGGAGAAGGUGUUGGAGAAACAACAGCAGCAGAAUGUCAGCGACAAAACAGAAGUACUAGGAAAAUCCAGACGGCAGAUCCUGGCUGCUCAGUUUGAGUGCUACCUGAAGAUAAUCCGCGAUCCCCCCCGCAGAGAAGAAGGUGAUAAAAGCUGCACCUAUUGUUCUCUUUAAUCACAGCUCAGUUUAUAACAGCCCCCCUGCUACAGCUUACAACUCUCUAAUGUUAUUAACACAUCAUGUUUGCCGGAUCUGAUGCACGGAGAUAACAGCUAAUCACAUAAUGCGUUCAAUUUGCAGGACUGAGGUUGUUCUUAUGAAAACACUCCCUUAAGCAUGUACAGUCGCUUAAUGUACAAGAGCAAAUUCAAUCACAGGAUAUCCUUAUAUUACUAAUUUUUUUUUUCAUUGUGCUUGUUGUGAUUAUCCUCGCCUUUGAGUCUACGGGCUGUUUUAGCACCUCUGUAUGGGAUCAUAAGGAAGAGUCAGAGCAAUUUUAAAAGAGCUAAAUCAUUUUUUUUACCACUAUAGCAGGUAGAUGAAUUGGUAUGAGGUAAAAAAUGAAAAAAAUGGAACAGCUGGGGGGAAAGUUGUUAAAAAAACAAAAGUUAUGAGAAUAAAGUCAUAAUCUAACCCCCAGUUUCCAACGCAUCUGUGAUGGCAGCGCUUUUCACCGUCCACCAAUUUCUACCAGAGGCAUUUGUUAGACGAAUUUCAUGGCAGAUUAUGGGCAGCAGGAAUCGCAAGAACUCACAAGAACCCCCGGAUUCAUAUGCAAUUGUGCAAUAACGAGUUAUCUCCAUAAAGGCAGCCACAUAACCAUAUAAGCAGUGGAUUGUGUCCUUCCAGUGGAGGAAAUCCACUUCUAGACUUCUAGAAUCAGCAUCUCCUCAUCCAUGGUGUCAUCAGGGUCAAAUGCUGUCUAAAAAUCUUUCACUUGUUCAUGCCCGUCCAUUUGCAUGGUGGGAAAUAUGAGCUGCCUAAAACACGUAGUGCGUUUUAUUUUGAAAAGAAGCCAGAUUUUGCGAUUUUUUAACUUACACGUUAACUUAAAUGGCAAAUUCCAGAUGCGGUGGAAAUUGGGGGUAACAAGAAUCAUGUCAUCAUUUUGGUGUUUGAGGCAGCUACCUUAACCACAAUGAGGAAUGAGGAGUGUCUGUUAAAUUUUACUCAAGGGGAUUUUCCAGCUAAGUUUAAGUGAGGGUCAGACUGAGUUAGACACCCCCUUGAGAGAUGAAUGUUGCUGACUGCUUGCUUCUCUAGUUAUACCAACUUUAGUAACGACCGCACAAUGGCAAUACACAGAGGUUUAUGGCUACACACAUAAACCUUAACCAAAAAGCUACUCUAUAUCCACAAAUAAUGCUCAGAACAGCACAUAACUUCUUCAGCAGUAUAUAUAGGGUCCUAGCCAUAGUAUUAGCCACCAAACAUCUUUUUGACUUUGCCUGAUUUCUUUAGCAAAGAGACCAAACACAACUCACCCACUCUCCUCCAGCAGCUGCUUUUUUUGUGGGGGAGCCCUGACGAGUCGAUCACCAAGUGCUAUCAAAUGCUAUUGCUAUCGUGCAGUCGUUGCUGAAGUUGGUGUAACUAAUCUCUCGAGGGGGUGUCUAACUCAAUGUUACGGUGUGUUUGACCAUGACUCAAAGUUAUGCCAGAAUAUCCCUUUAAAGCCGCUGUGAGGAACUUUUGGUUUGUGCCAGUUUUGGUGCCCCCCUGUGGAAAAAGUGAUACCUCUUAUUACCAGUCUUGUACAUGAGAAAUGUCUUUUCAGACGAAUGUAUCAUCCUCCUUUAACAGUGAAAUGUAUCACCUAAUGUGAGUGUUUCCAUGGAAAACUGAUAUAAAGCUUUUUCUUUAGCCUUCAGUCAAUGAAUUAGCCUGACACCUAACCCUCCACAGCUAUUUAAGGUAUCAAAAAUUACACCUAAAAAUGUUUCUGCAGUGUUACUGAUGGUCUCGUUUGUUUCUGGAGGUUAGACAGAGGCACCAGUAUCAGUUUCAGCCUGUUUUUCAACCAGUCAAAAAGUCCCCACCGUGCCUUUAAGUUUAGGUUUCCCUGACACUUUCCCUGAUACUAUAUCUGUCAGCAUCAGCACCACAUAGUUAUAGUCUUAAUAUCAGGACUCUGACUAGAUUAUGCAAAGUAUCGGGACCUGGUAUCCCCUCUCAAACAGGAUUAAGUGACUAAAAUUUAAAUAUCUGCUUUAUUUUGGUGAUAAAAAGACCGUAAACGGAUUAUUUAAUGACUUUAUUCUCAAGCUCUUUUCUAAGUUGGUCCAAUACUCUGUCAUACUUAUCUGUUGUGAUUAAAUAUCAAUAUUUGUCCACAACUGUGACCUUCGCCCCUCACCCCAGGGCCCUGGGUCAGGAGAGGUGGGAGGGCAAGCUCAUUUCUUCACAUGUCCUCUCUGAUAGUAGAUGUCAGCAGAGGAGGUGACACAGCUGAGGCGAGGUGAGAGAGGAGGAGGGAGAGGACAGAAGACACUGUCGUGACCAGUCUCAGGGGCGUCAGGGGUCAGAGAUCAGUCUCAGUAAUCCUGUGAUGUCUCCGAGCACGGCAUAUGUAGCACAACAAGGAUCUGUUGUACACUUUUUGCAUUUUAAAGACUGUUACAGCCUCCUUGUCAACAGACAUCAGCACUAUAAGAGAGGAGACUAAAUACAGAAAUAGAGAAGACCAAAAACAAGAGAUCCAAAAAGGACUGGAGAUUCCUGGGCCCCCCUAGCUGUGGACCAUCACUCCCAACACCUCCCCCAUAAUGAGAGGAACCAAAAACUAAGCUGGGAAAACACUGAUUCAUAAUUUCAGAUACAAUAUAUUUACCUAAAACUGAUCCUUUGCUCCGUGUUGCUCCGUGUUGCUCAGUUUUGCUCCGUUUUGCUCUGUUCCGCAUGAUGUUUAGAUUUAUGUCACACAGCUGGGAGCAGACCAUGCAGGUUUGAGUCAGAUUUAUUAGUGUGCAUCGCUGGUUGUCGUACCUGUUAAGAGUUUCUAGUUUUCGCACCGAUAAGAGAGAGCGAGACAGGAAGUGGGUUUGAAAGAAAGGAAACUUGGCCUUUGUCUCUUUCCCUCUGCCUUUUCAGACCGGCUCAGUAUUCACUGCUUUGAAAUGUUAUUUUCUGCUUUGUUUCCCAACAUGCCACAGUGCAACCUGGUACCGCCAGGUUUCCGUCUAUUGUUGACAAGUUUAGUGAGGGCGGUUAGAAACACAGCUUAUUUGAGUGUGUCAAACCAUUAAUGUCCAAUAGAUAAUUUAUAUGAUUCACCCUGUUGGUGAGUUCAUAAAAUACUCAAAAAGCAGAUUUUUUUAAUUAUUCUCUGUUCACAUGUGAGUCUCUGAUAGUUCAGACUCAUUGCACAGCUGUUCCUUUUGUUCAUUGUAUAAUGAUUGAUUUCAGUAGAUUUCCCAGCUUGAAAUUUUGAUGCCUGGUUGAUGUAAAAUAAAUGAAAUCAUGUUUAUGCACAUAUUUGUCUUAAGUGCUCUUAAAAGUUAGCUAGGACACGGUGAAAAGAUGUUUUAAUUUGUAACUUUUUUAAAAUUAAAUGUUGCAUUAACGCAUGCAGUAUUGCAUUAAAGCCUCUGUUAAAACAUCACUGCUCUUUUUUAGCAAAAAGUACUGUCAUAAUGUGUUAUUUGUCUGCAAUCUUUGCAAAUUCAUGUGCAUACUGCCCCCUGUAGGUAAUUAUUGUAACCGUACAUGGGAUGGCUGGCUGUGCUGGGUGGAUGCAGCUCCAGGGACGAGCGAGCAGAUGUGUCCUGGAUACUACAUCGACUUUGAUCCUGCACGUGAGACUUAAACAAAGCUGCUAAUAUGACAUGAGAUAUUUUCGUUUUAGCCUGCAUAACAUGCUGAUCCAUAAAUUUGCAGAUUUACAGAUGAAAGUUGGAGUUUAAAGUCAGUAUUAAUGGCACCUGAAGUAACCUGAUUCAAACAGUUGUAAAUCAUGAUAACGUUUGAUGUCUUCAACAGAGAAAGUAACCAAAGUGUGUCACUCUAAUGGCUCCUGGUUCCACCACCCUGAGAGCAAGAGAAUCUGGUCCAACUACACCCAGUGUACAGCCCACACCAAAGACAGACUCAAGGUAAAAGAAAAAGAUGAGUUGAAAUUAAAGUGUGAAUGAAAGGAUGGAGACAGACAAGACUAUGAGCUCCUUUGAUGUAGCUGUGGUUCAAGAAGAAGAGCCAGCAGGUGAUUUACUAACUGGAAGAAACGUCUAACUCCUGAGGCUGAGUGCACCAGCUGAGUGGACGACCUGUUGCAACCUUACUGCAGACUUAGAGGUGAAAUUUAUGGCGUGAUCAGAGGAGGUGCCUGCCAAAAACACACACACUGGUUGAGAGCAGUUAAAGGGAGUAUAAUGGUACAAUUUUUCAAUAGUAAAAACUCCACAAAUAACCAAAGCUCCUCAGUCUCCAGUGUUGUACCUAACGUUGUAUGUUCCACAUUUUGCCUCUGGCGCAUAUCAACUAAUGUAAUAAAACUUCACAUACCUCUCUGGACACUAAUGAGGCUGCACCUAAAGGGGAUCAACAAAAGCCUCAUUGUUUCUGUGGAGCCAACCUGAGGAGGAAACAAAGCUUUGUGUUCCCUGAUCUUAUUUCUAUAAAGUGACUUUACCUCACGCCCUUCCUGUUUCCCAACCAGCCAAAGAGUUUAAAGGUGUAUUAAUGUCAUUAUGUCACUGAUCUUAUGGCCAGAUUGGAGGACAAGAAGCUCCUGACUUGCUCCUACGCAGACUUGAAAAGUUUUUACAAAAUUCAUUCAUUCAUUCAUUUAUAUGUGAUAAUUUAAAAAAACUCAGAAAGACAAUACAUAUUCCAUAACUCACCUGCUUUCAUUCAAGGAUCUCCAUCAGAAACACGGUGUCAGACAUAGUCCACCUCAUCACAUUGAAUUGCCUUCAUAUUUUAACAACGUGAGGAUAAAUGAGGACUAUUUUCUUAGACGUCUCUUUAUUAUUUGCACUUCAGGAAACACUUUGUUUUCAGAAUUUCCCCAAAAGGCUCAUAAACUCUACAGAUGUUUCCUCCCUGCCAUUCAGCAAAUAGGUGACUGCACAUACUGUAGAUGCAAUAUAUCUUAACAAUGCACCUGCUUUAUGGUACCUGUCAAAACCUUUAACCAUUCAUUGUUUCUAUUCUUUAUGGAUAUAUUUUUGAAAUGUGACCCCUUUUUGUCUGUACAGCUGGCUUAUAGUCAGUACUACCUGGCUAUGGUGGGUCACGGCCUGUCCAUUGUCUCCCUCACCAUCUCUCUGAUCAUCUUCUCCUACUUCAAGUAAGUCGUGUAUUGUCAACAGCUCUUCUACAGUCUUUACAUAUAUUUUAUGAAUAUUUCAGGCCAUUCUUAUCAAACUCUUGGUCAUUUCUGGAGCUAUUUGUGUCGAACUGAAAAUAAGCUUUACUUGUAUACAGUUUUAACAUUUCCCUCUGUCUUUUUCUGUCCCCCAGGAGUCUCAGCUGCCAAAGAAUCUCCCUCCACAAGAACACAUUUCUGUCAUUCAUAUUAAAUUCCAUCGCCUCCAUAGCCUGGCUCUCGCUUUAUAUUGACAACCGAGACAUACACGUCAGCAACCCCGUGAGUUACUAAACGUUCUCUCUCUCUCUCUAUUGUCUCUUAUCUUCUCAGAGUUUUAAGCUUCCUCACACACAAUAACAGCUCCUACAAACAAUAAAUUAUAUUCUACCUCAUUCUGACAGAAUUGAUGUGAUGUUUAUUCAUUUCUUGCCUGUCAGGUGAGCUGUAAAAUCCUAGCUGUGGUUGUUCAGUACACGACCACCUCAAACUGCUUCUGGAUGCUGUGUCAGGGCAUCUACCUCCACACGCUCAUCAUCGUGGCUGUGUUUGUGGGGGAACAGCAGCUCUUCUGGUACUACAUCCUGGGAUGGGGUGAGUCUCAAUGGUGGGAUUUUUAAUUUCAUCUUAGUAGAUCAUAAGUUAUGGAGCAGAAUGACACAAGAAGGGUAAAAAAGUAUCAAAACUCAUAUCAUAAACACCCUUGAAGAUGAACUUUAGCGAUGAAUUUAAGUGAGAAAGUUUUGGUUGACGCUGACCAGAGUUUGGUGUUUGUUUUGUUUGAUUUAACUUUUACUGGUCUGACAUCCUUUACUUCAAUUAUUUUAUUACCCUUCUUAUCUCUAACACUUUAUUAUUUUUAAUGUUGCAGUCAAUGUCUUUUUUUAUUCUCCUUUAUAGAUAAGGUUGAGUUAAGUUAAGUGAAAGACUUGUUUGACCUUUUAGCAAACUGAAGCGAAAGUUAAUUAGCAGAAACAGCCGUUUCCAAGGCAACCGGUCAAUUCCAGUACAGUAAAAACAUUGAUUUAAAAGUGCACCUGAAUGCGUGUGACUUCAUGUUAGUUUUGGAUGUUCGUGUUGAACUGAGAACAUUCAUUUUUAGCCUUGAGUCUAUACAGAGAUGUGUCCCUGAAGCCUGGAUGUUCCUGCACUUUAAGUGCGCUUUUAUUUCAGCUUUUAUUCAUGUAUCCAGCUAAUAGAUUCCUCUGAGUCCAAGGCAAACAUCUCUUCAUCUCUAGACUGCUGCUUAAAAGUUACACUGUGAUAUUCCUGUAGACUGUGAAGAAUUAGGAUAUCACUCUGACACUGCUGUGUCUCUCUCUCUCUCUCUCUGUCUGAAGGCUUUCCUUUUGUUCCUGCCACCGUGUAUGCUGUGGCUCGCGGGCUUUUCUACAAUGACAAGUAAGACGCUUUGUGUUUACCCCUCUCUUGUUUUUAUGGAGGUGAAGCCUGAGACUAAAUUAAGGAAAGGAACAACAAAGUAUAAUAACUGCAGUGAUAUAACAACAACAAAGACUUAUUUCCAUCGCCUGUCUGUCCUGUAACUUUCUUUGUGUUUAGUCACUUUCAGGCUUAAAAGGAAAUAAAAGAUAUUGAUUUCCCUCAUCUAGGUGUAUCAGAGUGAGCCCAGAGUUUGCUGAGUGUUGAAUGAAUAAUUAAGGCUUAAUCAAGCUGUUGGGCUUUGGUUUGUCACAGGACAUGUGAAGAACUCCAAAAAGUGUUUCACUUUUUUUCCCUGUUUCUUCCAGGUGUUGGAUCAGCUCACACACAAGCCUGGUCUAUAUCAUCCAUGCCCCCAUUCAAGCUGCACUGCUGGUGAGUGAAUACAUCAGAGUAUAGUGACUAUUGAUAGAGCUAUGACAGUACAGUCCUGGAAAGAUGCUUUGAUUGGAAAAGAUAAUGAUUUGAGCAGCUACAAUUACUGCUAAAAAAGCAAUCAACUGUCAGAAAAUGAAACAGGUGUUUGCGAAAGUAUUACAAAAGACCGGAGUGAGGGGUAUUUAAAGGGGUAUUCAGCUCACAUUAAAGGGGUAUUCAGCACAUAAAAAGGUAAAGGUUAUGAAAGCACUACACCAACUGUUUCUGGGCCGUAAAAGUGGUGGGUCAAAUCUUGUUUUAUCAGUUUUAGCCAAAGCAGAAUCGUCUCCAUAUCACUCCUUUGUGCGCAGCUCUGAAAAUCAUGCAGCUAAACUCUGUAUUUCUGCUGAGAGAGAAAUAAAAAGGGUUUGGUCAAUUACAGGUGAUGCAACACAAUGGUAAAUAUGCCUCACAAUAUCAUAUAUGAUGUAAUUUUUUCAUUUUCAGCAUUUGAUAUGUUGUCUCUGCACUAUUAUCACAUUAUAUCUAUCAUUAGAUAUCUAUUUUAGGUGUAACAUGUGAGUUUGUGAUUUUUUCUAUAUGUUUGCUGUUCUCGUAAUAAACAGGUUUAAAUAUUCUGCAGGAAAAGAGGUUGUAGAUACUAACUUGCUAGAGAUAUUUAAGAGUGUCAUUACAGUGCCCCCCUCAGGCCAGUUAUUGUAAUUUCUUUGGAUGAUAUAUAAAGAGAUGCCCUGUAUUUAAAAGUGAAACCCUCCUCUUUUCCAAUCUAUCUGUCUAUCCUCCUUCACUGAUACAUCCAGGUGAACUUUUUCUUCCUCCUGAAUAUCGUCCGAGUCCUGAUCACCAAACUGAAGGAGACGCACUGCACUGAGUCCACAACCUACAUGAAGGCUGUGAGAGCCACCCUCAUCCUCAUCCCUCUGCUAGGAAUCCAGUACAUCCUCUUCCCCUGUACACCUGAAGGACACAUCAACCGGGCCAUUUAUGACUUCUUUAUAAGCAUUGUCAGCCAUUUUCAGGUACGGUUGACAAUCAAUUUCACUUUAGAGUUCAAACAAAAAAGCACAAAACUAGGAGUAACAUUUAAAACUUAUUUUACAUAAAAAUUUGGAGGUUUUUCCUCAUGGAUAUUUUCAUAUAAAAACUUUCUUAGCAUAGCGCAAGUUGUUUUGCACGAAGGGUUAGGGGUUCCCUUGCAGAAAAAAAGAACCCUGUUUGUGUCCAUACUUUUGAAAUCAGUUUGAUAAGGAUGAACAUUAAUUAUUCAGCCCAUAUUCUUACAGACAUCUGUUUCCUUAUUAAUAAUUCAUCCAUGUCCUGUUGUUUUGCAGGGGCUCCUGGUGGCCAUUUUAUUCUGUUUCUGCAAUUCUGAGGUACGUUUCAACCCAGAAAGGUCAUAUCUUAAAAACAGUCUUAUCAUAAGCUGUCUAGGUGUUUUUCUUUUUUUAUAUUGUUGCUUUUGGAAAGCAGUGUAUAUAACAGAACACGAAGGAAAGGAAGCUUUAUUUUCUCUGCAGUCACAAAGAUGUUGGAGCUAGAUACACAGGCAGGAGAUACAGUUAAGCACGUCUAGGAGAUACAUCAGAAAGUAGAUGUGAGAAAGAAAGUGUAUGUAUGAUAGUGCAUGAUAGUGUGCCAUGUAUAAUUAACACCAUUUAUGAUCAGUCUCAAACUGGUCUAAAGUGAAAUUUCUCUUGACUUUCAUUGUUGACAUCCAGGCGCAGACAGCCCUGAAGAGGAAGUGGGUUCAGUGGAAAUCUGCCUGGGAUAAAACCGGCUGGGGUGAAACACCGAUAACCAACAGCCAUUUUAGCUACCAUCACAACUCCUCCAUCACAGAAACCAGCCGCACCAACUUCAGCCUGGAGCUACCUGCUGCUGCCGCAUUUACAAAACACGAAACCAACAACUCUGUGCCCAAAGAGCAGCAGAGGAGCAGCGUGACAUGCGGCAACUGGGAGGUGGAAAAGCUCGACAAGCUGGAGACCUCUGACAUCUGAGGGAGAGAGAGCAUAGAGGUGAUGGUUGACGUGCCAAACACACACAUUCUCACUGACGUGUACAUACAGGAAGGUAGAAGGAGAGUGUGAAGGUGAACUUUCAGAACAAAGGUUGACUAAGGAGGGCAGUGUAUGUAAAGUUUGUACAAAGACCUGAAAGCACUUAAAUAACCUGCUGUUCGCACACAUACACACAUUUUUACUGUUACAUAAACACUGGGUGUCAUCCUGCCAUUGUAGUGGCAUAAUGGUCUUUGUGAACAUGUGUUUUGUCAAAGAUAUAGUGUUUCUGUAAUUUAUUUGUUUGAAAAUCAAAGACCCAAACCUGUAAUUUGAUACCCUGAAUGCAGGGCUACAUAUUUCUGCCCGAUGUAUCCUCUGUGUCUUCGCCUUAUACCACUGUGACCAAUGAAUGUUACUGCACAAUGAUGUGACAGCAGAAAGCCAGCAUCCCAAAGUAGGUAUAGAAUCAUUGUAUUGACUGUGUAUUAUCCCCCACUUUAAGGCAGAACCAUGGUGAGCAACUGCUUAUGACAUACCGUAAUGAUUUUGUUAAAGCUCCUGUGAGUAACUUUAGGUUUAUGCCAGUUUUUGUGUGCCAUGUGGACAGAGUAAUCUUAGUUCAUCUUAACUUUCUCUCAAAGCCUGUAUCUGCUCAAGCCAAAUUAAAAAAAAAAAAAACUAAACUUCUGCAUGCUUAUGUCACACCCUCUAACAGAAAACCUCCUCCUACUGUCUCUUGACGGUAAUAUGUGUCAUUUCUUGUGAAUAUUUUAUGUAAAAACAUUGUCUUCUACAAAAAGAGAGUAGAAAAAAUGUUGCACAACAUUGUCUAAAGUGACAAUCAAAAAAUCUGGUAAGUUGAGGUGGGGUAGAGUGAUAUUGGUCCUGUAAACAUGUUACUUCACCUUUGGAAACUUUAUCAUCAUGUUUUAUUCCGACAGUCAAUAAUUCAAAGACAGUUUUUGGUUUCACUUUAGUAGAUGUGAGUGCCUUCUAUAAGCUCUCAUUAUUGUUGCCCCCUCCAAAAUACAGUGAAGUAAUGAAUUUAAGAUGUAUACGAAUGAAGACAUUAAGAGAGCACUUAAACUUUGAACUUUUCAUCAUCACAGUCCACAUAAUCCAAAAGGUUCACUUUUAGAGAUAUAAACCUGACAGGUGAACUAAGAUUUUCAGACCGUCACAGCAGCUGUAAGCAAACUUGUUCUGUGGCGCCAUUCUGCCUCACAACCUGUAGAAACCUGAAUGGCAUAUUUACGGCAAGUUUUUCUCAUUGAUGUGGCUGCAUGAAACAACACAGUAAGACCAACUACACUUAUUCUUCUAUAUCAGCUGUGCUUGCACAAAUUUUCAUUUUACCAUAAUCAGACCUCAUUUGAACUUGGAAUGUACUCUGUAGAAAAAAGGGCUCAUAAACUCCUGAGUUAAUUUGCAAUACUUGUAAUGAAGUAGGAAACAAGACAUCAACAUAAUGUACAUAACCCUAACAGUUCUCCAUUCUUUGUCAUCCUGGCUGCAUGACACCUAAAGUAGAUGGAACAAAAUUACGUGCUGAACAUUGUGUGCUACAACUCUGCUUAUUGAAAAUGGGAGCGGAGUUUUGAGUACAAGAGAAUUACUGGUGCAGAGAUAAUGGAGCCAUGGAGUGCUGCAAUCUCAGUCUUUCUCUUUAUUCAGUCAGUUUAAAAACAAAAAGCUGGGAGAUUUGCAAAAAAAUAUAAUCGCACUGACAAAAGAUGGAGCAAAAGUAGGUGAAAUAGUGCUUGUGUGGAGUGUGUGCACAUGUGGUUUCAGUGAAAUGUUCCUCAAACUUUGUUACAAGUAGGAAGACAUGCUAGAUAUUUCAAUGAUUAUCACUGCAACUAUGAAAACACAAUAAAAAAGGAAAAUGUUACAUAUAACUGUACUUCUUGUAUGUGUCUCUCUUGAACAUGUUCUUUUUUUCCACUCAGAAUAAGAAAAUUAAGUGUGUAAAUAAAUGUUUUGAAGGUUUGCAAUGUAUUUAUCAUCAUAUUGUUCCUAUUGCUAUGUAUUGUUUUGUAUUGUUAUGAUUGUGGCUGUGAAAAAUGUGCUGUUUUACUACUUUUGAAGGUUUGUGUCAUUAUUGUAAUUAUUCUUAAAAGCACUAACUGCCACUUCAGACAUUAAUUAACAGUCUUUUUCAUCACAAUUGUACCACACUGUAUGUACACUGGUAGAUGAUGCUCCCCGAGCCCCAGACUUCGUCAGCGUUUCAUUUAGCUAGCCAUGUGUAUUUGCUUUUAGUUUUUUACAGGGCAAACAAAUGUUCAACUCUGUGUAUAAUGAGGUACACGUAUAAAUAGAAAACAAAUAAGUGCUAAAGAAGAAAAUACGAUGGGUGAUAGAGCCAUGUUAUCCACUCAUGUUGCACUAAUGUCCAAAAACCAUACUAUUUUGCCUAUGCUGCCUGAAAAACAGCUUUCAGUCACAUAUUUAUGGAUAAAUUUGAGAAACAUUCCAAUAAAAUAUCAAAAAUAAUGUUGAAGCCAAUAUUUUUGUAAAUAUGUUUUGACACUGCCGUUUAUGUGUGGAAAUAAAGUUGUUUGAACCUGAAAA